AUGGAUGGGAAAGAGAAAGUUACAGGCGAGCGCUCGGUAGAGAUAGCGAUAGUAGGUGGUGGUAUUAUAGGGUGUUCCAUUGCGUACUACUUGACCAAGCAUCCGAAUUUUGAUGCAAAACGGUACCAUAUCACUAUCUUUGAGUCUAAUAACAUCGCGUGUGCAGCGUCCGGUAAAGCUGGUGGGUUGUUGGCGUCGUGGGCUUUCCCUGCACAGAUUGGUGCGUUGAGUUUUAACUUGCACCAGUUGCUUGCUGCGGAGCACGAUGGGGCUAAGAAAUGGGAUUACAGACAUCUCGAUACUAUUAAUUUGGAGGCUGAUUUGAGAAGGGGGGACAGUCAGUUGUCGUUGAACUCUCUGUUGCGGAAGCAAAGGGAACACGCCAGGAGAUUGGAGAAGAGCAAGAAAUGGAGCAAGUAUGGUGAAAGUUCUACACCGGAAGGUGAUUGUGAUGACACGGACGGUGGUGAUGAUGAUGGAGACGACACUUUGAUCGGGAAGAACAGGUCGGAUUUGCCAACAAACCUACGAUGGAUUGAUGGUAAGAAAGUCAAGAGUUGGUCGUAUAUCAGUGAUAGUGCAGCGACGGCACAGUUACACCCUUACAAGUUCACAAAGUUUCUUUUUGGGGAGGCAGAAAUGUCCGGGAGCGUCGACUUAGUGUACGGUAAAGUCACCCAGUUGAAGAUGACUGAGGACAGGGAGACCAUUGUUGGUCUCGAGUACGAGCCCGUCUCGAAGCAUUCAGACCCCGCUAAAGCAGAUGAGGACGAGCACGUGCGUAAAGUGCACAAAGUGGACAAGCUUAUUAUAGCCGCAGGGCCCUGGACCUCUGAGAUUCUCCCCGAAUGCCCCGUUUCAGGGUUGCGCGCUCAUUCGAUCAUCAUCAAACCAGACGAUAUUUCCAAGAUUUCACCGUACGCACUGUUCACCGAGUUGCAGAUAAGCGACGCGGAGACUUUCUCCCCCGAGAUAUACACUCGCAGGGACGUCGUGUACGUGUGUGGGGAGGGCGAGGCGAUGGCACUGCCGGACCCUACCCAGGACGUCGAGAUAACGCAGGAGAAGUGCGAUAAACUGUACAAAUAUGCAUGCGAGGUUUCCCCCCUACUCAGCGCGGGGAAACUGGUGACGAAGCAGGCGUGCUACUUGCCCGUGCUGGACGUGGCGACGAGUUCGGGCCCAUUGAUGGGCGAGACGAACGUCGAAGGACUGUACUUGGCCAGCGGACACUCCUGUUGGGGGAUCAACAACUCGCUGGCCACGGGUAAGAUCAUGUCUGAGAUUGUAAUGAACGGCGAGACCCUUUGCGCCAACGUCGAAAAUCUGGACCCGAAGCUGUAUUUCGACGCAAGGGUGUAG